GGUGGGCAGCGCCAUCACGCCCACGGGGCGCCACGUCGAGGUCAGGAGCAUCGCAGACAGCCCCGACCGCCGGGCGCUCUGGGCGGACGGGUGGCACGGGGCCGGCGCGCUGACGGCGGAGGGCCAGGACGCGGGCGGGCUCAUGAACCCGAUGAUCCAGCGGCUCGCCCUGGAGAACGCGCUGCUGCGCGAGCAAUUCAACGAUGCGCAUGCCAGGCUGCAGCGGCUCGAGGACGAGAAGAGCCGCUGGAUGGACGAGGGCGUGUUCGAUCUCGCCAACACGCUGUGCCACUCGUCGGUCGUGGACCUGCGGGGAUCUGCUCGUCAGGCCAGCUUGUCAGAUCCGUCGCCCGAGCUGCCGUCGCCUUUGCUGCUCGACCUUUCGCCCGUCUCCGCGCUGUCCACGAAGUUGCGGCGCGGGGUGGAGCAGAAGAGGUCCAGCGAAUUGAUGAGGGAGAACGAGGAGCUGCGCCAGGAACUCGCGGAAGCGAGCACGAUGGGCGAGACGCUUGAGACGCAGCAGAAGCAGGCCGAGGAGCGGAUGCUCCAGCUGGAGCAGGAGCAGGCCUGGCUCAUCGAGCGGUUUGCCGAGAGAGAGGAGGAC